AUGCUUUCCGUGCGCGGCAUCGUCCUAGCAAGGAACUUGACGAAUUGCCGCGCCCCCCGAGGACUAUUCCUCCGCCAGAGCAAUAGCGUUGCGACCGAGUUGGCGAAGGCCGGCUUUGGACUCAGCGCGCCGAGGCCACAGCUCGUUGCAGCAGCGGCUGGACAGGUAUCGGAAGGGAGCAGCACGGCAGCAUCACAGAUGGGCGCCAGUCAACUAGCGAUGCAGCUCUACACAGAUGACCAGGCAGUGCGCCGUUUCCUUGAGGAUGGAGACCUGACGGCGCUAUUUGGAAACCAUGCCAAAGACGUUGAUGUGAUGGCAUGCUGA